AUGUUACGUUCUUUGAUUUAUAAAAGAUCUUUUUCUACCACAAAAAUUAGUCGUCAAACACUAGCAUUUAUUGAAGUAUCUAAUGGAAGUAUAACCUCUCUGUCUUUGUCAGCUAUCACCGCUGCUCAAAACCUCGGAAAGCCGAUAACAGCCAUUCUAGCAGGCACACAAGCUGAAAAAGUUGCCUCUUCAACUUCGAAAAUUGACGGAAUUUCUAAGGUUUUAUCAGCAGGGAAUGGUCAGUAUGAUCACUACCUUGCAGAGGAAUUGGUUCCUUUGUUGAAGGAAGUCAUAGAAACUAGGAAGUUCACGCAUAUGAUCACACCGGCUAGCGCUGUAGGGAAGUCCUUUUUACCGAGAUUAGGGGCUUUGCUUGAUGUGCAGCCAAUCUCAGACGUGGUUGAAGUUUUGUCCGAAGAUACCUUCGUUCGCCCUAUUUACGCCGGAAAUGCUUUGGCAACCGUGAAGAGCAAUGACUUGACUAAGUUGGUCUCCAUCAGAGCUUCAGCCUUUCAACCUGCUAAAUUUAACACCGAAAGCGUGUCUAUUGAAGAAAUUGACUCACUGGAAAAAUCUGAUAACCGCACAAAGUUUUUGUCUGAGCAAUUGAUAGAGUCCGACAGACCAGAGUUGGGUUCCGCUACGAAGGUUGUGGCAGGUGGACGUGGACUCAAGAACAGAGAAACUUUUGAAUCUCUCAUAGAGCCAUUGGCCUCCAAAUUAAAUGCGGCCAUUGGAGCAUCCAGAGCGGCUGUAGAUUCUGGCUUCUGCGACAACUCUUUGCAAGUAGGCCAGACUGGAAAGAUUGUUGCGCCCGACUUGUAUAUCGCAGUUGGUGUUUCUGGUGCAAUUCAGCAUUUGGCUGGAAUGAAGGAUUCAAAAACCAUUGUUGCAAUUAACAAGGAUCCUGAGGCUCCUAUCUUCAACAUUGCCGACAUUGGUUUAGUUUCUGAUCUCCAUGAAGCUGUGCCUGAGCUUUCAAAUAAGUUGUAG